AAACACGAAAAUUUACAAGUCAUCGACUAAAAAGGCAAAGCAAAGAAACCAGCUAGCCACAGCAAAAGUUUUAUUUAAGCAAGUUUAUUAACAAAGCAAAUUGACAAAAAAUGGCCCAAACACUUGAGGAUAAAUCAAUAUGGGAAGAUGGCGAGGAGUCGCUGGGCGAAGAGGUGCUGCGUAUGUCCACUGAUGAGAUUGUGAGCAGGACUCGCCUGAUGGACAACGAAAUAAAAAUAAUGAAGAGCGAAGUAAUGCGGAUCACACACGAGAUUCAAGCGCAAAACGAGAAAAUCAAAGACAACACGGAAAAGAUCAAGGUUAACAAAACGCUGCCAUAUCUGGUGUCCAAUGUCAUUGAGCUACUGGAUGUGGACCCGCAGGAAGAGGAAGACGACGGCUCUGUUACCGUGCUGGACAAUCAGCGCAAGGGAAAAUGUGCGGUUAUCAAAACAUCAACGCGUCAGGCGUAUUUCUUGCCAGUCAUUGGCCUAGUCGAUGCCGAGAAACUUAAACCCGGCGACCUGGUUGGCGUCAACAAGGACUCUUAUCUGAUUCUGGAAACUCUGCCAGCUGAGUAUGAUGCUCGUGUUAAAGCUAUGGAGGUGGAUGAGCGUCCUACAGAGCAGUACUCCGAUAUUGGUGGAUUGGAUAAACAGAUCCAGGAGCUCAUUGAAGCCGUGGUGUUGCCCAUGACACACAAGGAAAAAUUCAAGAAUCUGGGAAUUCAUCCACCAAAAGGUGUUCUAUUGUACGGCCCACCCGGAACUGGCAAGACUCUGCUCGCCCGUGCUUGCGCUGCCCAAACAAAGUCAACUUUCCUGAAGCUGGCCGGUCCGCAGCUGGUUCAAAUGUUUAUUGGUGAUGGCGCCAAGCUAGUGCGCGAUGCCUUUGCGCUGGCCAAGGAGAAAGCACCCGCCAUCAUUUUCAUUGAUGAAUUGGAUGCCAUUGGCACAAAGCGUUUCGAUUCAGAGAAGGCUGGUGAUCGUGAGGUGCAGCGUACCAUGUUGGAGCUGCUGAAUCAGUUGGAUGGGUUUAGCUCGACUGCGGAUAUUAAGGUUAUUGCUGCUACGAAUCGUGUUGAUAUUCUUGAUCCCGCCCUGUUGCGCUCCGGCCGAUUGGAUCGUAAAAUCGAGUUUCCACACCCGAACGAAGAGGCACGUGCGCGCAUUAUGCAAAUCCAUUCGCGUAAAAUGAAUGUCAGCAACGAUGUUAACUUUGAGGAGCUAUCCCGUUCCACAGACGAUUUCAAUGGCGCCCAAUGCAAGGCAGUGUGCGUAGAGGCUGGCAUGAUUGCCCUGCGCCGCUCUGCCACAUCGGUUACGCAUGAGGACUUCAUGGACGCCAUCAUGGAAGUGCAGUCCAAAAAGAAAGCUAAUCUUAACUACUAUGCCUAGGCUAAAACUUCGCAAAUUAAAUUUACUUGUAAUCUUGCAAACACGUCAACAAUAAAACAGAUAAUAUAUUAAACAAUAA